GAGCCGGGAACCCUCGGCAGGGCUGCGCCUCCAGCCGCCUCCCGCCACCGGACUGCGGGCAGGAGAGACGGGCUGCUCUUCCGUUUGUUUUCCCUCCCCCGAAAAAAAAAAUAAAAAUAGGAGGGGUGAAAAAGGCAGAAGUGAAGAGAUCCCCUACGCUUGCCAAAGUCUUUGUCUCCGGAUGAACAGCGAUGGGGGAAUGGACUAUUCUAGAGAGGCUACUGGAAGCUGCCGUGCAGCAGCAUUCUACUAUGAUAGGGAGGAUCCUGCUGACCGUGGUGGUGAUCUUCAGAAUUCUCAUUGUGGCCAUUGUAGGGGAGACGGUGUACGAUGACGAGCAAACGAUGUUUGUCUGUAACACGCUGCAGCCAGGCUGCAACCAGGCUUGUUAUGACCAGGCUUUCCCCAUUUCUCACAUAAGGUACUGGGUGUUCCAGAUCAUCAUGGUGUGCACUCCCAGCCUGUGCUUCAUAACGUACUCCGUUCACCAGUCUGCUAAACAAAGGGAACGGAGGUACUCCACUGUCUUCCUUACCUUGGAAAGGGACCAGGAUUCAAUGAAGCGUGAGGACAGUAAGAAAAUCAAGAACACGAUUGUCAAUGGGGUGCUGCAAAACACUGAGAACUCCACCAAAGAGGCAGAACCAGACUGCUUAGAAGUGAAGGAAAUCCCCAAUCCUGCUAUCAGAACUACAAAAUCAAAGAUGAGGAGGCAAGAAGGCAUUUCUCGAUUUUAUAUCAUCCAAGUGGUCUUUCGAAAUGCCCUAGAGAUUGGAUUCUUAGUGGGGCAGUAUUUUCUGUACGGAUUCAAUGUCCCUUCCAUGUACGAAUGUGACAGAUACCCUUGCAUUAAAGAAGUAGAGUGCUAUGUUUCUAGACCCACUGAGAAGACUGUAUUCUUGGUAUUCAUGUUUGCUGUCAGUGGGAUUUGUGUGGUGCUUAAUUUGGCAGAACUGAACCACUUGGGCUGGAGAAAGAUCAAAAUGGCAGUGAGAGGAGUACAGGCAAAAAGGAAAUCCAUAUAUGAAAUCAGAAAUAAGGACCUGCCAAGAAUGAGCAUGCCUAACUUCGGCAGGACUCAGUCAAGUGACUCAGCUUAUGUGUGAGGCUGUGACAGAACUGAAACACUGUGCCAGGUGGAACAGACCCAGAUACCAUUAGAGAAAGGUACAUUGCUUAGGCAAGCAUUUUAUCAAACCACCAAGAAAGCCAUUAAGGUAUUGGAUCUCCACUUACUGAACUAGCUGCAAAAUGCAGCGCUAUAUAAAAGACUGAAAAAACAGCUAUAAAACCAUGCUUGACCUAGCCUUACAGCACAGCUACUAUUAUUCCUACUUUUCUUUCUAAUGAUUGGGUUUUAUCUGUCAGUGAAGCAGCUUUUUGGUCGUCAUUAGGAUGUUUACAGUUUGAAUUGUCCGACUAAUUGUUGUAAAUGUGUAGAAUGUUCAUAUCAAAAACUCUGCAAGGAUACUCUAUAUGGGGUGGGGUGGGGGACACUGUUGCAAUAUGCAGGCAUAAGCAUGUUUUAAAAGGAGGAUAAGCACACUGUAAGGAACCUAACCACAGCUCAGUCAGGAUAUCUGCGUUCACGUAUCUCACAGAUGUCUUAUUUUGUUUGUCUAAAUCACAGACUUUAUUCCUGGUGUGUAUUACUAGCUAUUUUCUAUCAUGGUUUGUGCAUCAAUUAGUCACGCUAAAAAUAAAUGCUGAAUAUAAUUUUGCCAUUUUUUCUUUGCCUGUCCGCACACACACACACACACACACACACACGUGUGCACACACACACACACAAACACACACACACCAGAGACCUUAAACAUCUUGCAUUAGUUGUGACCUGCAGAAUAUAACAGUACUUUUUGAUUGAUUCCCUAAUAUGUGCAUGAAUAAGAUAGAGUUGGUUCAUGCCAGCUGAGUUAUGCAUUUACCUACAAUCACCUGUGAUGACACACAUACCAAAGGAAGAGAGUUCAUUGCAUUUAACUGUGAAUAUAUCAUCUUUUCUCUGCUCUUAUUUAUAUAAGUGCCAUACUUGAAACAUCUAACUCUGUACUUAGUCAAAAGGUUGUCUUGGGAUACCAGCUGGAAUGAAUCGAUUUUAUACUCUCUUUUAUUUAUUUUAUGCUAUUUGUUCAGUCAUUGCAAUGGUGUAAAAAGCAGCUAAAGUAUCUAUUGAUAAAUAAAUACUUGCCUUUUUUUUUUUGUAAGCCAGAGAAAUUUGUUCUUUAUUCUUGUAUACAAUUGUAAAAAAACUUACAGGGUUAAAAUAAUUGACUUACAACAAUUAUUCUUCAGGGUUUAAAAUGUCUUGUUGGUAUUCUAAAUCCUAAGCGACAAAACCUGGGAAAUCAGGACUGUUUUUUAUGCCUGCUUUCCUCCUUAAGCAAGCUUCCUCUGUCUUUAAAGCCUGAUCCAAAGCCCACUGAUACCAACAGCCUUCUUUCUGCUGACACUAAGGGCAACACAGUCGGCUGCCAAGGUCACUCUAGGAAUAGCCAGAAUACAUUUACCCAUAAAUGGAACAAUUGCAGCUUUUCAUCAGGGAGUCCAAAUAGUAACCUCAGCUUUUCUGCCUUACAGCUGGUUUAAGAAAUAUGUUGUUCGUGUCCCAUCAACUUACUGGUAAGCCACUGGGGCAGUCUCAAAUGAAUCUCUGUUAACAGCAAUUAUCUUAAUAUAGAAUAGAAUACUAAGGUUUACUUAAUAAUUUUUUUUUUAAUUUUUAAAAUUCCUUCUGAAUUCAACAGAAAAUAUUAUCUGGCAACAGUAGGAGUUGGAUCAGGACUAAAAAACAUACAAGUGCAUUUCUAACUAAAUAGUAUCCGCCCUUUAAAGAAAAGGGCCAAAAUGGUGCUGGAAAAUCUGGGGGUACUUUAUAACAUAAGAAGGAGAUGUGGGCUCAGAGUCACAAACGGCCUUUUGAUUGUAUUUUUUGUCAAGCCUGAAAAUGGAUUUUAUUAUAUAUUGGCUUGGAGAUGAUGCACAUAAAUCUUUUCCUCUUGGCUUACAACAAAUAUCUUAACAUUCCAUUCUUGUCGUUUGCCAGCAUUGUCACUUUAAAAAAUGUUGAUUAAUUCUUGGAUAGUCUAUCCAUUAUCACAUUCAUCUGUUGUCUUUUUUCUUCCACUGUGAAGCAUCAAAGAUGUGUCAUGUUUUUAAAGAUUUUAAAUAUAUUUUUCCUUAUGUAUAAAUUUAAGUGUUCCUGAUUUGAUUAUAGAAACCUCUAAAGAUGGAUUUCUCAAAUUCUUUGUGAUAAAAACGCACACUGAUAUUGCUAGUUGACUGCAUGCUCACUGGAAAACUGCAUGUUAUUUUUAGAAGGACAACAUGGCAGCUAAAAUCUCCAUCUGCAAAAUAACAAGCUUCUGAAGAUUAUUAUUUGACUCACAAAUCCAAGUCUGAUUUUUAUUUUGCAGAGUCCUGGGAUGGUUUUCAAAAUCUCAUUUUGAACAGAUAUUGAAAGAGAAAAUAUUCUUUGACAGUCAUAAACACUCCUUUAAUUUUGAAGAAAUGAGAGAUUGUGUGCAAAGUGCUUGAUCCAGUGCAAAUCAAAGUUGAAAAAACAACUUCAGUGGGCUUUGCUUCAGGUUCAGCAUAUUUUCCUGUUAAGCAGAAGCCCUAAUGCAAGUUUUUUCCAGUGGCUGCAUAGCAGUUUUCAGUCAAACUCUAGUGAAGGUGCAUGUCUUGAAAGCGAUAAGAUUUUAAUACCUUAAAAUUCUAAGGUAAUACAUAGAAAGUAUCUGUUUAUAUUAGUCAAUGCAAGUGAAUCAGUUAAUUUAGUUUUUUUUUUUAAUGUAGUUGCACAUUUGUAAUCCAGUAAGUUGGGAUUCUUUGGAUUUGUCCAAAGAGAAGAAUAUCAGGAAAUGUAAAUGCUGAUUUAUGUAACAGGAUCAGUGUUAAAGUAGGCAAAGACUUAUAUUUUGAUCAGCAGAAACAUCAUCCACCAUACUUGGAAUAUGGCUUUUCAUAUUUCAAAUGAGAGAUGAAAUGUAUCAAGAGAUCAGUUAUUCUAACCUUCCUUUUAAAUUGUUAUUUUUCAGUUCUUACCAACUACUCAUUUGUCAUGGACAAGAGAUAUAUAGCAAACACACCUUUUGUCAAUGUAUGUGAGAAUCAUAUGAUUAAUGCUAAUGGACUGUUUGCAUGAAAGCUGACUAUUCAUUUACAGAAUAAAUGCUUUAAAAUUGUCACAGCAAUGGAAAAGUGUGUUCACUGAACAGAAAUGAGUGAACAUGAAGCUGAAGAGCACAUUACUGACUACUUAGGUCUUGCUCCUCCCUCAGUGAAAUAAAUUAGUCUCUGUAAGGAUCAGACAUUAAAAUUGAAAAUUGAGUUAAUGUUUGUUUUCUUCAUUGUUUACAUUGUUUUGCACAAGUGGAAAACAUUAUGUGUCAUGAUAAGUGCAAACAUUAAUGCUAUAUUCACUAAGCUCCUAUGGAAAAAUGCAACAGAAUCUAAUAAAUCAUUAGUUUCAAGGAAUUUUA